AUGGAAAAAGGGAAGGGACGAAAGGAAGAAGUCGUUACCAGAGACACAUUCAAGAAGAAGGCACCAAAUGCCAUUAAAGAGAUCAGGAAGUUUGCUUUGAAAGCAAUGGGAACAAAGGACGUUAGAGUCGAUGUUAAGCUCAACAAGCAGAUUUGGAGCAGAGGAAUCCGAGGUCCUCCUAGGAGAAUCAGAGUCCGUGUUGCCCGUAAGAGGAAUGAUGAUGAAGAUGCCAAGGAAGAGUUCUACUCCCUCGUCACUGUCGCUGAGAUUCCGGCUGAAGGAUUGUCUGGUUUGGGCACUAAGGUCAUCGAGGAAGACGAGUGA